CGAUGAACCGGGGAAAAUAUUUAUGAUUGAAGGCUUAUUAUGUCCCUGACUAACAGUCGUUAUGGAACUACACGUCAUGGCGGCAAAACCUUUCGACGCGUGCGAACCGAAGAGGACGAUGAAGACGACUUGUCGGAAAUGGAUGAAAUCCCUUUGAUUCUCUGUGACGACGGAUUUGAAAUGGAUGAAAACGAUUCGUUGAUGCGUCGUAAGCACUAUCGCUGGCCUAAUCAGAGUGUAUCUGAUAGUAUCGGUAAUUGUUUAGCCAGCUGCUGUAAUUCGUUGGCAAGGAAAUGUGGGACAUACAAAGAACUGAAGCCCAGGCGUGUGUUCCUGGGCAAGGCAUCUCAUCAGGAGAAGUUCCCCAAAAAUGUGGUGAAGAAUCAGAAGUACAAUUUCUUCACCUUUUUACCCUUGGUAUUAUUUGAACAAUUCAAGUUCUUCCUCAACUUUUUCUUCCUGGUCAUGGCAUGUCUACAAUUUGUGCCUGAACUGAGGAUAGGCUACCUCUAUACCUACUGGGUACCCCUGGGGUUUGUGAUAUUUGUAUCCUUGAUGAGGGAGUUUUUAGAUGAUUUUCGGCGAUUUCGUCAAGAUCGUGAGGCCAAUUCUCAGAGAUACAAGAGGUUGACACCCACUGGCCUGAACGCAGUGCCUAGCUCUGACAUCCACGUUGGAGAUCUUAUUGUAGUGGAAAAGGACCAGAGAGUGCCUGCUGACAUGGUGCUCUUGAGGACCACAGAGAAGUCAGGGGCCAGUUUUAUCCGUACUGACCAGCUGGACGGAGAGACAGACUGGAAACUGCGGCUAGCAGUGCAGGUCACUCAAAACCUGCCCUCUGAUGAGGCACUUUUUGACAUCACAGGACAGAUAUAUGCCGAGAAACCACAAAGAGAUAUACAUAAUUUCAUCGGAACUUUUACAAGGACUGACAGUGAGGCUGUGGAAGACUCACUCAGUAUAGAGAACACAAUGUGGGCUAACACUGUGGUGGCCUCAGGGACGGCCCUGGGGGUGGUCAUCUACACCGGGAAGGAGACGAGGAGUGUCAUGAACACCUCACAACCAAAAUACAAGGUGGGGUUGUUGGAUCUGGAGAUUAAUACUCUGACAAAGGUGCUAUUUAUGUUCGUUACACUUCUUUCUAUCGUCAUGAUGGUGCUAAAGGGUUUUGACGGCCCUUGGUUCCGUUACCUCAUCCGCUUUAUUCUGCUUUUUUCCUACAUCAUUCCCAUCAGUUUGCGUGUGAACCUGGACAUGGGUAAGGCUGUGUACUCAUGGAUGAUCCAGAGGGAUAAGGAGAUCCCUGGCACUGUGGUUCGCUGUACGACCAUCCCCGAGGAAUUAGGCAGGAUUACCUACCUAUUGUCAGACAAAACAGGAACACUCACACAGAACGAAAUGGUAUUCAAAAGGUUACAUUUGGGCACAGUUUCCUACACUUCCGAAACAGUUGAUGAUAUAAAAUCAAACAUUAAAGCAUCACUGGCCCAGCAGACAUCUAGUACUCCGUCACGAUCGGGUCCAGUCAGACGGACCAUGGUUACCCGGGUGAUGGAAGCGGUAAAGGCAGUGGCCUUGUGUCACAAUGUGACCCCCGUCUACGAGAGCACGGAGGGGGAGAGUCAGGAGACAGAGGCUGAUAUGCAGAGUCACCAGCAGGUCAUCUACCAGGCCUCCAGCCCAGAUGAGGUGGCUCUGGUCAAGUGGACAGAGAGUGUGGGACUGGCUUUAGUGAAGAGGGAUUUUACACAAAUGCAGCUUAAAGGGCCUGAUGGCAAUUUACUGACCUAUCAGAUUUUACACGUCUUCCCGUUCACAUCUGAAAGUAAACGAAUGGGUAUCAUCGUCAAGGAUGAACAAACAGGGGAGAUAACUUUUUACCUGAAGGGUGCAGAUGUUGUGAUGACAUCUAUAGUACAGUACAAUGACUGGCUGGAGGAAGAGUGUGGUAACAUGGCCAGAGAAGGUUUGAGAACUUUAGUUGUGGCCAAGAAAGUCUUAACAGAGGAGCAGUUCCAAGAUUUUAAUGCGCGUCAUCACCAGGCUAAGAUGAGUGUGCAGGACCGUAGCAGUAAGGUUCAGUCUGUUAUUGAGAGCCUAGAGAGAGACAUGCAGCUGCUCUGUCUGACGGGAGUGGAGGACAAGCUACAGGACAAUGUCAGACCUACACUCGAGAUGCUGAAAAAUGCUGGCAUCAAGGUAUGGAUGUUAACCGGGGACAAGUUGGAGACAGCCAUCUGUAUAGCCAAGAGUUCACGUCUGGUAUCCAGACUCCAAGACAUUCACACAUUCAACAAUGUGCUGACUAGAGAAGAAGCUCAUUUACAGCUGAAUGCGCUGAGGCGGAAAAACGACAACAUCCUCAUUAUCUCAGGGGACUCACUGCAGGUCUGCCUGCAGUUUUAUGAGCACGAGUUUGUGGAGCUGGCAUGUCAGUGCCCCUGUGUGGUUGUUUGUCGCUGUUCUCCCACCCAGAAGGCAGAGGUAGUGAAGCUUCUGAAAACGCACACUGGCAAGAGAACGUGUGCGGUUGGCGAUGGCGGUAACGAUGUCAGCAUGAUUCAGACAGCUGAUGCUGGGAUUGGUAUUGUGGGAAAGGAGGGCAAACAGGCAUCUUUGGCAGCAGACUUUUCCAUCACACAGUUCAGUCAUAUUGGCAGGUUACUCAUGGUGCAUGGCAGAAACAGUUAUAAGCGUUCUGCCUCGCUCAGCCAGUUCGUCAUCCACAGAGGCCUCAUCAUCUCUAUAAUGCAGGCCGUCUUCUCCUCUGUCUUCUAUUUUGCCUCCAUCUCGCUCUUUCCAAGUCUUCUCCUUGUAGGGUAUGGUACCGUAUACACCAUGUACCCUGUGUUCUCACUGGUCCUGGACAAAGAUGUACCGGCAGAGAUUGCCUUAACGUACCCAGAGCUGUACAAGGAGUUGACAAAGGGGCGUUCUCUCUCGUUCAAGACAUUUUUUGUAUGGGUGCUAAUUAGUAUGUACCAAGGUGGUGUCCUGAUGUUUGGGGCCCUGCUCUUGUUUGACGAGGAGUUUGUGCGAGUGAUUGACAUAGCCUUCACAGCACUUCUGCUCACAGAGCUCUUGAUGGUUGCCUUGACAAUUCGCACCUGGCAUUACCUAAUGGUUGUCGCUCAAAUCUUCAGCAUUGGCAUUUAUAUCGCCUCUGUUGUCAUUCUCAAGGAAUACUUUGAUCCAAAGUUUAUGAUUACCCUGGACUUUAUAUGGAAAGUUCUUCUGUUGACUUCAGUCAGCUGUAUUCCUUUGUAUGUGAUCAAAUAUCUGAGAAAGAAGUUCUCUCCCCCUAGUUACUCAAAACUGACGUAGGGGGAGUAUUCUCAUUUGAAUAGCAUAACUAGGAACUGGGAUCAUUAUCAAAGACUCAGAAAGCCAUGAGUGGAACUUUUGUCACAAAGAUUGUGUGUUUACAUGUAUAUAUCUCAAUUGAUGCUUGAACUUUAUGUGUAUAUAUUAACAAUAUUAGGAUGUAAAAUCAGAUGGCUGUGGUAAGAUGUGUCAGAAUUGACAUGCUGUGAUUGUAUGUCUUUACACUGUACUUUCAUGUGAAGAGGUGUGAAGUAUGUUUCAAGAAAUUAUACAUGAUUGUAUAAAGAACCGUAAAUUUUAGCUUUUGCUCUGUCAUUUUGUGUCUGAGGAAACUGACUCAGCACAAUGAACCUGACAUGCAUGCAUGAUAGUGGUUGUACUGCAGUGUUUUUUUUUAAGUCACUACAGGUAUUUGUUUUGUACAAAAUGAAAAAAGUAUUUAAUGAAGUUGUGAAUAUUAGAAGUUUUAUUUAUGCUGAGAUUAUGUGUGAAAGGUGUGGAUUACUAACGUCAGUGUUCCACAUCCGCUUUAUGCUGUAAGUACUACCUGUAGAUAGUGUUUGGGGAAAUACAACACUUAGGUGACUGAAGCCCCGUCCAGACUAUCCAACAUCAUUUAACUUUUCUUGGCUCAAUGGCAAGUUGAACGCUUUUGAGGUAAGUUGAGUGUGCCGUACACACUACAAAUCAGAUAGGUCAACAUUGUCUAACACUGCUGUUGUGUGUUCAACCGUGUUGAGCUGUGUAUUUUGCAAAAUUUCGUUUUGUUGAGUCAGCAAAAGUUGAAUGAUGUUGGGGAGUCUGGACUGGGCUUAAAACUCCAUAGGUUUAUGGAUUUGUGCAAUUCCAAGGGUUACACGUAUAUCUAAAUGUAUUGCUGGUCGUUUCAGUUUUCAGAUUGAGCUUUGUUUAGAUCACUGUACAAGCAUGUUCACCAUAAUCUGGCGUGUGUAUUUGUUUUAUUAACUAUUUGCAUUUCUUGACGAUACAUACAUUUACCCAUAGCAGAGACAGAUUAUACUAUACAUGUACUUGUCUCUGUCCAUAGCUUUUUUCAAACUAUCAUCUGCUUGUCUUUCAAUAGAUUUGCUAUUAUGAAAUCCCGGCACUGUCAACAGGCCAUUGUCAGCUGUAGGGUGUACUUUGUACCAAUCUUUGGUUUGAAAGGUCAGAUGCCAUAUUUGUCACUCGUGACUUACUGACCUCAUAUUUUUGAAAUGGGGUCACGUUAAUAGAUGAGAGCAAUAAGAGAUUGUGUGUGUUUUCCAUGUAAUAAGCCUGUGUUGUCAGAUAAUCAUACAGUUGUUAACAAACAGAGGAUGGAGUGGAGCAAGGAAAUUAACGGAAAAUGAUACGGGGGCCUCUGUGGCCAACUGGCCGAAGUGGUUAGCGUGCCAGCGUGGCACAAUGACCCAAGAGCCUCUCACCAAUUCGGUCGCUGUGAGUUCAAGUCCAGCUGAUGCUGACUUCCCCUUUGGCACGCGGGAAGGUCUUUCAGUAACUUGCGGAUGGUCGUGGGUUUCCACCGGGCUGUACUCGUUUUCUUCCAUAUCACUAUAUGCUUAAAUAGCAUGAGCUGUAUUGAAAUUUGUUAAAGGAAGAGGCCACCUUUAAAUAAAGUAUGCAUCAUUUGAAAGGCCAUUUUAUGCAGAUUCCAAACAUGGUUUUCAUGAUUUUUAUUUUACAUCUUGUUUACUAUGAGCAAAAUGCAAAAAGUAUUAAGGCUCUAGGAUUGACUUUGUGUGCUUCCUCUUGCUCAGAGUGGCCCGAAAAGCCCACCGUUUGACCUCUAUCUUUACUUGCAUUUUAGUCACUGAAAAAAAAAACUUUAAAAUGAAAACCAACAGAAAGGCUGUGUUUAGAAUCCGUAGAAAAUAGCGUUUGAACAUAUAUUUUAACUCGCCCUAUGAAGUAAGGGUAUUGUGAGAGGGGAUCUGAUGCAGUCGGUGGCGAUGUCCAGUUUGGUUAUAGUUUUUGGCCAGUCGUAGGGUUGCAGUGGCCACCCAUAGUACACAGAUAGCCAAUCAUGCUCAGCUAUUCACAGGGUUGCAAUUGCGUCCCAUAUACAUGGAUUGUCAUAUGCAGUUUACGCCUUGCAUAUGAAAGACCUCUUUGGUACAUGUAGUUCUGUGCACUAACUCCCCAGUGCCUUUACCCCCACAACUCUGUAACACAUGAAACACAGUCAUAGUUAUGACAGUAUAAUAAUUUAGGUUUUUAUUGUUGAUUGAAUGGCAAGAUCUUGGCACUACAUAAUUAGAGGAUAAUAUCUGUGUGUCAAUCAUUCCGGUAUUCUCUGCAUCGCUAUUUAAAGGUGGCAUGUUUUCUGCUCAUUGCAUGCAAAUGUGUAGAAAGAUAAAAACCUUCUGAUCCGACAACAAAAAGAUAUGAUCACUUAGUGAGUUAAAGGUCCUUGUUACUGUCAUGAGUAUGAAAGGGGAUAUCCGCCAAAAAAACCAUGCGUAGGCCUACAACCCUGUGUGCUGCACAUUACUUAACUCAGUUAAAUUAAAAGCUGAGGUCUGUUUUCAGCUUUUUCUCAUAAAUGUGAGAAAUUAUUGACAAUGUUGGUUAGCCGUAUUUGCGUCUAACAGGACUAUCCACAUUCGUGUAUGUAUGUGGUAAUGCGACAUUAUGACGAAAGUGGGCGCUGCUGAAAUAAUAAUCGCUCCGUGGGUGAAUAACGAGUGUACUUACGUUGAGGGGAGGGGUUAUUUAUUUCUUGUUACUAUACCGCAGCGCCACCUGUUGUCAUAGUAGCACAUUGUCACAUAGGUGGGUAGCCCUGUUAGUGACAAAUGCGAUCAACCACGUGGAGAACACACGCGGCUCACACUAUACCGUUGGGAGAAUGGUGUAAAAAUACAUUCCAUGCCCACAUAUACCGCCAGCCACAUAGGCGCAAGCCGAUAGAGGUGGUAACAUUGUGCUGACGUAGCAGUUGGUAACAUGCUGUAGUGUACACAGGGUUUAAAACAUGUUACAGGCCUGGGAUUAAUAUCUUUGUUGCAUAUGUGAUAUUAAAAUGACUUGAAAUUAAACUCCUGACUGAGGCGCACAUUUUGCAAUGAAUCUGAGGGUUCUAUUUAUCUUCUUCUUCUU